CAGACAUCACUGUGUGAUUGGAAUCAUUUCAGUCUGUGUGAAGAUGAGGCUGGAUAUCUGUCUGUUAGUCUUUGUUCUGAGCUGUAAUGUCAGAGCAGAGCCAAGAAGAGUCAGUGUUACAGAGGGGACGGACAUCACCCUGCAAUGUUCUCAUCACAGCAGAGAAUCUGAUGUUCCAAGAUGGAGCAGAGAAAGUGCUGGAAGACAACAGCAACACACGAGGUGUCGUAUCUCCACUGUCGAUAAAACAUUGACAGUAACAGAGGUGAAGCUGGGUGACUCUGGACUGUACUACUGUGAUGGAAGACCAGCUGUGUAUCUGACUGUGAGAGAAAGGGAAAAUACACCACCACCACCACCACCACCACCACGACCACGACCACGACCACAACAACUAAAAAACCAACAACGACAACAAAACCAACAACAACUAAAAAACCAACAACGACAACAAAACCAACAACAACAACAAAACCAACAACAACUAAAAAACCAACAACGACAACAAAACCAACAACAACUAAAAAACCAACAACGACAACAAAACCAACAACAACAACAAAACCAACAACAACUAAAAAACCAACAACGACAACAAAACCAACAACAACAACAAAACCAACAACUACAACAAAACCAACAACUACAACAAAACCAACAACUACAACAAAACCAACGACGACAACAAAACCAACAACAACUAAAAAACCAACAACGACAACAAAACCAACAACAACUAAAAAACCAACAACGACAACAAAACCAACAACAACAACAAAACCAACAACAACUAAAAAACCAACGACGACAACAAAACCAACGACUACAACAAAACCAACGACGACAACAAAACCAACGACUACAACAAAACCAACGACAACAACAAAACCAACAACAACAACAAAACCAACAACUACAACAAAACCAACAACUACAACAAAACCAACAACUACAACAAAACCAACGACGACAACAAAACCAAUGACAACAACAGCUGCACCACCAACAACAACAACAACUGCACAACCAACACCACCAUCAACAACAAAACCAACACCUCCACCAUCAACAACAAAUCCAACACCAACAACAACAACAGCUGCACCACCAACAACAACAACUGCACAAUCAACACCACCAUCAACAACAAAACCAACACCUCCACCAUCAACAACAAAUCCAACACCAACAACAACAACAGCUGCACCACCAACAACAACAACUGCGCUGGAAAACCCUGCUUCUCCUCAACUGUGGCAGAUGUCUGUUCGUGUGGUGGUUGUAAUUCUCUAUUUAAUCAUCAUGAUCAGCAUCACUGUGCUCACCUGGAGAAAAACUGAACAGAUACAGAAAGAGAAUCAGCAGCGACUCACGUCAGAAACAGGAAAUGAUCUCUGAUCCUCCAUCACACAGAAACAAGAGGUUUCUGGUUGACGGAGCUGAUGGACAUCUCUUUUGUUUCCUCGACUGAGAAGAACUGAACUUUCAUUCCUCUGAUACAACCAGUAAAUGCACAUUAGUCUCUGUGCUCAGUUUGUUUCCUUGUACAAAGUGAGCUCUGCUUUUUAGUUAGGGUUAGGAGGGUUUCUCUCCAGCCAAACAACAUGAUCAUCUGUCACUAUGCAUUGAUCCAGAUGGAGAUUAAAAAAGGUACCACUUUCUGAUAAGACACCAUUUCUAAAGGCUUGAUUAGCUGUAUAAUUUACUAAUUCUUUACAGAUCUGUCUUUUUGCUGUGUUGUGCUUUUUAUCUCAUUAAUUCGUUAGGGAGACGUCUGUUCAUUUGUGUGCAAAAGUUCAAAUAAUGUAGAGAGAACAACCAGUAAAUGUGUAAUGUCGACGGUAAGAGCUGUUUGAAGUGAUGAAGUUUCCAUUCUGUUGUUUGAAUAAAGAGUCUCCUGCA